AUGAAGCCCGUUGCCGCCGCCGCUCUGGCCGCCUUUGUGCUGGCCGAGGUCGCUUUCGCCGAGGCCGAGCGACCGCAGUUCACUCCCACUUCGAUCAAGGCUCCAUUUGUGGAGCAGUUUGACGACAACUGGUCGCAGCGAUGGCAGCCGUCGCAGGCGUCCAAGUUCCAGAAAGAGGACGAUGCUGAGGCGUUCAAGUACGACGGCGAGUGGGCGGUCGAGGAGCCCUCGGUAUUCCCUGGCCUCGCCGGCGACGUCGGCCUGACGCUCAAGAGCAAGGCCAAGCAGCACGCCAUCUCGCACCUCUUUGACCAGCCCAUCGACCCCAAGGGCAAGCCCCUCGUCGUGCAGUACGAGGUCAAGAUGCAGAAGGGCCUCGGAUGCGGCGGCGCCUACAUCAAGCUCCUCAGCGAGUCGGCGCAAGGGAUCCAGGCCGAGGAGUUUUCGGACAAGACGCCCUACACCAUCAUGUUUGGUCCCGACAAGUGCGGCUCGACCAACAAGGUCCACUUCAUCUUCCGCCACAAGAACCCCGUCACGGGCGAGUACGAGGAGAAGCACGUCAGGCACCCCGCCUACCCCAAGAUCUCCAAGACGACGACGCUCUACACGCUGGUCGUCAAGCCCGACCAGACGUUUGAGAUCUUCAUCAACAACGAGUCCAAGAAAAAGGGCUCGCUGCUCGAGGACUUUGACCCGCCGGUCAACCCGCCCAAGGAGAUUGACGACCCCGAGGACAAGAAGCCCGCCGACUGGGUCGACACGCCCAAGAUCACCGACCCGGACGCCACCAAGCCCGACGACUGGGACGAGGACGCGCCGCUCGAGAUUGUCGACGAGAUGGCCACGAUGCCCGAGGGCUGGCUCGAGAACGAGCCCUCGACCGUCGCCGACCCGGACGCCGUCAAGCCCGAGGAGUGGGACGACGAAGAGGACGGCGAGUGGGUGGCGCCGCAGAUCCCCAACCCGCUCUGCGAAAAGGCGCCCGGCUGCGGACCCUGGACGCGGCCCACGAUCCGCAACCCGGCGUACAAGGGCAAGUGGUCGGCGCCGCUGAUUGACAACCCGGACUACAAGGGACCCUGGGCGCCCCGCAAGAUCCCCAACCCGAGCUACUACGAGGACCUCUCGCCGGCCGACUUUAACCCGAUCGCCGGUGUCGGCUUCGAGCUGUGGACCAUGGACGAGGACAUCCUCUUUGACAACAUCUACGUCGGCCACGACCCCGCCCAGGCGCGCGACUUUGCCAAGGAGACGUUCGACGUCAAGCUGCCUAUUGAGCAGAACAAGGAGGAGUCGACCAAGGCCGAGGCGGCCGCCGCCGACAAGCUCGCCGAGGGCGCCGGCUUCGUCGACCAGGUGCGCGGCACCGUCAACACGUUCAUCGCACGGGCGCGCGAGGACCCGCUCGAGGCGGUCAAGGAGAUGCCGCAGGUGGCCGGUGGACUCGGCGCCGCGUUUGCCGGCCUGCUUGGUCUCGUCGGCCUCGUGGGCGGCGUCCUCGGCGGUGCGUCGAAGCCCACCGUGACCAAGGACGGCAAAAAGGUGGAUGCGCCGAGCGCCGCCGCGGCCAAGGCCAAGGAGGUUGCCGCGAGCGCCAAGGCGACGGCGGUGCAGGCCAAGGAUGCCACCAAGAAGCGGGCCACGGCCGCCACGGCCAAGGACGACGAGUAG